AUGGAUCGACUGAGGAAGGAUAAUCCACAGACAUCAACGAGUGUGAAACAUAUCUACAACCAACUUGAGAAGAUGAAAAAAGAGAAUAUGGUGGGGAAGACUGUGAUACAACACGUGAUGUCGAACCUUCAAGAAUCUGGAUAUGAAUAUUGGUAUCGAAGUAAUGAAGCUGAUGAUACACCUACUGAUUUGAUGUUCGCUGCUCCUAUUUCAAUGAAACUUUUGCGGUUAUUCUGUCACGUUAUAUUGAUGGACUGCAUUUACAAAACCAAUAGGUAUGAGAUGUCACUUCUGGAAAUAGUUGGAAUCACCCCUGUUGGUUACAAUUUUACAAUUGUUGUUCCUUUCAUGUCACAUGAAGACGCAGACACAUAUGAAUGGGCUUUGAGUUGUUUGAAAUGUGCAUUGGGGGGGCUGCACAAAUUCGUCAAAGCAUGGACUAAUAAGAUUUUGCAUUUUGGGAACACGUCGACUAAUAGGGUGGAAAGUGCUCAUAAAUCGUCGAAGGGCUGGAUUAGUGCUUCUACCGGCGCUGUGAACACCAUUCAAUAUCAGCUCGACUCCGGGGUCGAGUAUCAACGUACCAAGAUGAGGGCCCCCGUGAUAUUUGUUGGGUGA